CUCUGCAACCUCUCCUCCUCUUCAUCAUCAUCACAUAAUCUCAUUCACUCACAGUUACCAUCAAGAAGAAGCCCAGUUUCAACUUUAAUGGCCACUAGAGAGCACACCCUCCUCUCCACGGAGAUCGUAAACCGAGGGAUAGAAUCAUCUGGGCCGGACGCCGGUUCCCCUACCUUCUCUGUGAGGGUUCGUCGUCGGCUGCCGGAUUUCCUACAGUCCGUCAACCUCGAGUACGUCAAGCUUGGAUACCACUACCUCAUCAACCAUGGUAUUUACCUAGCCACGAUACCGGUGUUGGUACUGGUGUUCAGUGCCGAGGUGGGUAGCCUGAGCAGGGAGCAACUCUGGAUGAAGCUUUGGGAAGAGACUCGUAACGACUCUGCUACUGUUCUUGCUUUCCUCAUCGUCUUCGUCUUCACCCUUUCCGUCUACUUUAUGUCUCGUCCUCGCUCCAUCUACCUUCUCGAUUUCGCUUGUUACCAACCCCACGAUGAUCUCAAGGUAUCAAAGGAGGAAUUCAUAGAGCAAGCUCGGAAAUCGGGGAAAUUCGACGAGCCAAGCUUGGCGUUUCAGAAGCGGAUCCUGGAAUCGUCGGGGAUCGGGGACGAAACGUACGUACCCAAAGCGGUGAUGUCGCCGGAGAAUUGUGCGACGAUGAAGGAAGGGAGAGCGGAGGCGUCGACGGUGAUGUUCGGAGCCUUGGACGAGCUGUUCGAGAAGACAGGGGUGAGGCCUAAGGACAUAGGUGUGCUGGUCGUCAACUGUAGCCUCUUCAAUCCUACUCCAUCACUGUCAGCCAUGAUAGUGAACAGGUACAAGAUGAGAGGGAACAUCCUCAGCUUCAACCUCGGAGGAAUGGGUUGCAGUGCGGGGAUCAUAGCUCUUGAUCUUGCCAGGGACAUGCUUCAAGCCAACUCCAACAAUUACGCCGUAGUCGUCAGCUGUGAGAUGGUUACCUUCAACUGGUACUCUGGCCGUAACCGCUCCAUGCUCAUUCCUAACUGCUUCUUCCGCAUGGGUUGCUCCGCUGUCCUCCUCUCCAACCGCCGUCGUGACUUCCGUCGUGCUAAGUACCGCCUUGAACACAUCGUCCGUACUCAUAAGGGUGCCGACGACCGCAGCUUCAGGUGUGUGUAUCAAGAGGAAGACGAGCAACGGGUGAAGGGACUAAGGAUCAGCAGAGAUUUGAUAGAAGUGGGAGGACAUGCGCUAAAGACCAACAUAACCACGCUUGGUCCGUUGGUCCUGCCAUUUUCGGAGCAGCUCCUCUUCUUCGCCAGCCUUGUGUGGAGGUACCUGUUUGGUGGUGGUGGUGGUGGUAAAGAGGCGUCGCCGUCGAAGAAGCCGUACAUCCCUGACUACAAACUGGCGUUCGAGCAGUUCUGCGUGCACGCGGCCAGUAAGAACGUGCUGGACGAGCUGCAACGCAACCUAGAGCUGAGCGACUCCAACAUGGAAGCGUCACGGAUGACACUGCACCGCUUCGGCAACACUUCCAGCAGCAGCAUAUGGUACGAGCUAGCGUAUCUAGAGGCAAAAGGAAAGCUGAAGCGUGGUGACCGGGUCUGGCAGAUAGCGUUUGGGUCGGGUUUCAAAUGCAACAGUGCGGUCUGGCGAACCCUACGCCGAGUCCGUAGGCCCACCAGAAACCCAUGGCUCGAUUCUGUUGAUCGCUACCCUGUCCCCAAGAGCUCAACUACUUUCUAGUCUCUCUAUUAAAUAAUAGAGUAAAUAUGAUUAAUUUCCUAUUCUGCAACUAUAAACAACAAGUAUUAAGUAUUUAAGUUGAAGCUGUUCUUCCCA